AGCACUAGACCUGCCAGACACGGCAGUCAUGGACUGGAACUCUCCUCCGCCAAAUCAAGACACACUGCACCUCUCACAACGACAGAAAUGGACCACUCCAGCUAAAAAGAGGCGCACAGACCAGAGGCUCAUCUCACCGAACCGUAGGAAUACAAAUAUCCCUCUCACUCACACUCCAAGACGUACGCAGUCCAACAUCCGCCUUCAAGAUCACCCGACACAGAAUUAA